AUGACUAAUACUAAUUUUAAACCACAUGAAAAUCCCAGUUCAGAUGCUUAUGAUCUCAUUGCUUUAGGAGAAUACUUUAGACAAUGUAAUCCUCCAAAGUUAAAGUUAUCUUUAAAAUGCUUGAUGUCAACACUUCAUUUGAAUACACCACCAAACAUAAAAGCAGAAUGUUUAUAUUUAACAGGAAAAACAUUAUUAUUAUAUACAACAAAUUUUCGAGAAGCAAGACAAUAUUUAGAGAUAGCAUAUAUAGCUAUGAAAGAAAUUGGGUCUAGUAUGGAAAUACAACGUUUCGAAGUAGUAUGUUUAUUAGCUGAAACAAUGAUGGAUCAACAAAGAUAUGAACAUUUAAAAAAACUACUGCGUGAUGAAGUGGCUGCAUCAAUUAAACAUCCAAAACAUAAUGCAAAGCUUAUACUAUUAUUAGCUGAAUGUCAUGCUAGGUUAAAUGAUACUAGUAGCGCUUUAUAUAUUCUAAAUACAGGUUGCGAACAUUUUCAAAAACAUAAUCACUACUUAAUAGAAGCUUUUACAAUAUCUGCUCAAACAAUAUUAUUAUCUCAGGAUCCCUCAUGUUCACCUGAUGAUAUGACUAAGAGAUUGACAAGAUUAGAACAAAUAUCUAGACAUUAUCCUUCUGAAUGGACUUGUGUUAUGAAUCUUCGUGUUUUUUGCUGUGCAAUACAAUUAUGUUAUUUAUUAAGUCGAGGUUUAUUACAAAGUGCCAAAAAUUGUCUUAAACAAUUACAAACAUUAGUUGGAGUAUUGGCAUCUAGAGAAUUAAAUUUAGGUAAUUGUGAAUAUUAUGGUACUACAUGGAAAAUAAUGUCACCGGAAAUGUUUACAGCAGUAACAUAUACUUUAACAUUUAUGACAAAUAUAAUGGCAUGUAACUAUGAAAAAGUUAAUAAGUAUUAUCAUAUAGCUUUAAAUCAUUUAGAAGAAAUUAGAAAAUUUUCAAAAUCAUCACCUUACACAUUAAUGGAACGUGGUACUUUUGAGCUAGUUGAGGCGUUAGAAGUUGUAUUGUAUGAAAACAUGGCACAGUGUAACUUAGUUUUGGCAAGACCAUCAGAUUGUAUACAAGUUGUAACAUUAAUGUUAGAAAAAUUAAAAUUUGAUACAACGUUACAAGAUGAUUUUAAACCAGCUGCACAUCUCAUAUUAGGAAUGUAUUGUACAUUUAUGUAUAAAUAUGUAGAAGCAGAAAAACAAUUUUUAGAAGUUAUUAACAAAGUUCGCGACAAAGAUGUAUAUUUAUUUGCAAAUUCAUGUUUAGCAUUAUUAUAUGUUUUAACAAACAGAGAGAUUGAUUAUUUUAAAGUAUAUGGAAAAAUAAUACCAAAUAAGAUUAAUACACAUUCAGUUGGAAUAAGAUUUGUAACACUUUUUGCAUGCGGGUUUCAUGCUUAUAUUGUUAACAGAAUAUCUGAUUGCCGUGGUUAUAUGAAUGAAAUUGUAGAUCUAGCUAAAGAGGAUAAUUUAUUUAGAAUAAUGUCUAUGGCUUUACUAAUGUUAGCACAAAUUUUUGAAUCUCAAGAAAUUGACACUAUUAAAAAAGCUUAUCAAUAUACUGCUACAUUAGGGGACAAUACAUUAACAAUAUGGUUAAACAAAAUUAUAAUGAAAAUGCACGGAAGUUAUGGUAGAAUAAGCCAAGCUGAAGUGAUACAACAAGCUACAAUUCAGUAUAUCAAUGUUAUAGCAGAAGAUAGACAAAAGGCUGAAAGUCAUGCUUCCAAUAGCUAUAUAAAUUGGACGGAAGGGCACCUGGAUUUUCUUUAA